AUGGCUGACGAACCGCGACCUCGACUGCCCCCCCUUCACACCCGAAAUAUCAGCACCGUGACCGUCGAUUCAGACAGUUCGGACACUACCCCAGGUCCCGGCGAUGAUGAAGAUACCGACUAUUUCAUGGCACAUGCCAAUGACUCGCAAUCCUCCCUGGGUGCCGUCACCGCCAUCCGCGACUGUGAUGAUGAUGUCGUCGACCUCGAACAAGUGCACCGUCUCUCUCCGAUAUCGAAACUGCCUCCAGAAAUCCUGAUUGGUAUCCUUUCCAAAUUGACCACGACGGCGGACCUUCGGAACUGCAUGUUGGUCUCAUACCACUGGGCAUUGUAUGCGGUUGGAAUCUUGUGGCAUAGGCCACUGUGCAACAAAUGGUCGAACCUGAUCAAUGUCGUGGCUGCCUUGGGAAAGGGGAACAAGAGUUAUUUUCCAUACCACGAGAUGGUCAAGAGACUGAACUUAUCCGCAAUUGCGGCCACCAUCAAUGAUGGGACAGUAACGCCUUUCAUGAGCUGCAAAGGGAUCGAACGACUCACGCUGACCAACUGCUCGAGAUUGACGGAUUUUGCCGUGGCCGGGCUUGUCGACUCUUGCAGAAAGCUUCAGGCCCUAGACGUGACGGACCUAGACGCUUUAACGGAUCGAACAUUGCAUGUCGUCGCCGAAAACUGCGCCAAGCUCCAAGGCCUCAACAUCACUAACUGUUCGAACAUCACGGAUGAGUCGCUGAUCGACAUUGCCGAACAUUGCCUACAAUUGAAACGGCUCAAGCUCAACGGCGUGAUACGGGCUACAGACGCUUCUAUCAUCGCCGUGGCCCGAAACUGCCGCUCGAUACUGGAGAUUGAUCUGGCUGGUUGCCAUUCCAUCACUUCGGAGUCCGUAACGGCUCUAUUGUCGAAUUUGACCCACCUUCGCGAGCUACGCCUGGCGCAUUGCGUCGAUAUCAAUGAUUCGGCAUUCACCAAUCUUCCACCACGGCUUGGCUUUGAUACGCUGAGGAUUCUGGAUCUGACAGCUUGCGAGCAAGUGCGAGAUGAGGCGAUUGCAAGGAUCAUCCCCGCCGCUCCACGAUUGAGGAAUCUCGUGCUGGCCAAGUGUAGACAUAUCACAGAUCGAGCGGUUGCAUCUAUCUGCAAGUUGGGCAAGAAUCUGCACUACAUCCACUUGGGGCAUUGUGUCAAUCUGACCGAUAGUGCGGUCAUCCAGCUGGUCAAAUCCUGCAAUCGCAUCAGAUACAUUGACUUGGCAUGCUGUUCUCGGCUGACUGACGCCAGCGUACGCCAUCUCGCUCAGCUUCCUAAGCUUCGCCGAAUCGGGCUGGUCAAAUGCCAGAACUUGACCGACUCGAGCAUCUUCGCGUUAGCUCAUGGGCCACUCUCAUUUAGUCCAGCAGGGAAAGCGGGAGUGCCCUCGCAGUUUGUGUCACUCGAGAGAGUCCACCUCAGCUACUGUGUGAAUUUGACUGUCCAGGGAAUUACCGCCCUCCUGCACAACUGUCCUCGACUAACCCAUCUCUCACUGACCGGCGUUCAAGCAUUCCUUCGCGAGGACUUGACACGAUUCUGUCGCGAUGCCCCGGCCGAGUUUACUCAUCCGCAACGAGAUGUAUUCUGCGUCUUUUCAGGAGAGGGUGUCUCACGACUCCGCGAGUAUUUGAUGCGUCUUGCCCUGGAAGAGGCCCAACGACUCUGUCGUGAGGCAAUUGACGACAGUCUGCUUGAUGGAGUCGACAGUCCCGGCGCCGAUACUAUGUCCGACGACGGUACGUUGGACGGAAACGAUCACUUGAUGGACCCAGUGUUGAACCCCCAUCGACACGGCGUGUCUUUCGCCAUCACUCCUCACUCAAGACCUCGGCCUCGGAGCUUAAAUGAACUCCCAAGCUACCACGUUGAAAUGCCGUUGUUGCCUUUCGAUCAAGUUCAGCAUAUAGGCCCAUGGACGCCUGGCGUGUCAUUGACCCCAGAAGCUCGGGCGGCCCUUGCACCUCCACAUCUCAAUCUGAUGAAUUCCGGUCCCCUGUACCAACAUGAAGGGUAUGAACAUCGAUCACGCAGCCCCGCUUUUGACGUGACUGGAGAGUAUGGUGAACGCGCAAGAAGCUCGUCACGUACUCCAUCACGGAGGCACACUUUGGAAUCUGCUUCUAGCAUUUUUGGCCCACCGCCAGUUCCGAUUCACGGUUAUGGGGAAAGCAGUUCCAGGCCUGUCGAACUUGGUCAUUAUGCACACGAUCCCAGAACCAGUUAUUUUGGGGUUGAGGACAUCAGACGGUUUUCAGGAUGGCCAAACUCCAGCCCAUUUUCAGCAGAGCCUCUAAGAAGGCCGCUGGUCGGCGUAGCUUUCAGACCGUCCUCCGACAUGCGGCAGUCUUACCUCAGACCUGAGCCUGGAUUCAGCGCGUUUGAUGCCAACCAUGAGGCGAUCAUGGCGACUAUUCCAGGAAGUCGAUCCGGAAGUCGAGAUCCUUCCAGGUCCAAUAGCCCUCACGUCUCCAGGGUCAACAGUCGGACUAGAUUGAGUAGUCUUCUGGCACCGCCGCCUCGAAGCUAUUCCUCUACGCCUCUCAAUCAGGGAGACAGUACUGGACGGAGCAGUCGAAACGGCCGAAGUCGAGAAAGAGUGCGGCUGGAGGAAGAAGCCCAUCGAGAAGCCAUGCUGCAAGCUCUUGCCGAGGCAGAUGCCUCGCAGCAGUUGCGGCCCGACCUCGACCGUCGUGAGUCAGAUCGCCACAUUGAGCUACCCUUGCUCCCACCGGAAUUGAUGGAGCGGGUGGUGAGAAGUCCGACGAGCCGGUCUGAAGGUGUGCCAGGAGUCGACAUUGAAAUGGCGGUGUCAACACCAGCUCACGAUCCUGACCAUGAUGUUACCAUGACACAGUAG